GUCCUUUGGUAGAUAAUGGUUCUGCGGAUCAAAUUUCAAAAAAAGCAGUACCAGCAGCUUCAAUAGCACUAAAUCCUGCAACAGAUCCUAUUAUGUUAGAGUUGUUGAAUAGUCCGGAGAAUCAUGCUCGAGCGUUAGAGACGUUAGCCAAGGCCCGAAAAUCCAGCGCUAUGAAGGAAGUGGUAAAUCAUUCAUCGAGUGAAACAAUUCGUUUUAUUGUUGUGUGGGGUAAAAUAACUACCCGCAAACACAAAACAUGGGAAGGAGAUGGAACGUUAGAACUGGUAGGACGGUGUGCAACCUUAAAAGAUGACAACGAAAAAAUCAUUACCUCAGCUAACGGAAUCAAACUAGAAGAACUGAAGGAGGGCUGUCGGCUGAUUGUUGGUUCGAAAGAAGUAGAAAUUAUAGAACGGAUAGUUAGCUCUGAUAGAGGUCUGAAUGAAACUUCAAAAAUGAAUCAGUCGCCGGCCAUCCCCACUUGUACAACUUUUAGACCUCCAAAAAUACUCGAAAACAGCAGUUCUAUGGGUAACAAAAAUCCAAUCACCUUUAAGCGUGUAGGCGCGAAAACAGAGGAGAUUCCAGAUGAUUUCAUUCCGCUAUUAAUGCAGCCUCCGAAUUUUGAGCAUCAAUGGAAACAUAAUAGAAACAAGGUUGCAAUAUCAGAAGUCGUGGUUCCAUAUUGCUUGGCCAAGCAUUUGCGGCCUCAUCAGCGAGACGGGGUCAACUUUUUAUACAAUUGCCUCAUGGGAUUUACAUUGCAAGAACGUGAAUGGUAUGGAGCAAUCUUGGCCGAUGAGAUGGGCUUAGGUAAAACGUUGCAAUGCAUUUCUACUAUAUACACUAUGUUGAAACUAGGUCCCUAUGGUCAACCUUUAAUUAAACGAGUUUUAAUAGUUACCCCUAGUAGCUUAGUAGAGAAUUGGAACCUGGAAUUUUCUAAGUGGUUGGACACGGAGAGAAUUUUCACUUUUAUAGUAGGACCCAAUAAUAAAUUGAGAAAAUAUGUGCAGUCACCUCAUAUACCAAUUCUAAUAAUUUCUUAUGAAAAGUUAACUAAGCAAAUAGCCGAAUUGGAGCCAGUCAAAUUUGAUUUAAUAGUAUGUGAUGAAGGACAUCGACUUAAAAACGACACAAUUAGAGCCUUUUCCGUGUUAGACAGUAUUGAUUGCAAUCGUAGAAUUCUACUGACAGGAACACCGAUCCAAAAUGAUUUACAGGAGUUUUAUUCUUUGAUAAAUUUUGUAAAUCCUGGACUGCUAGGAUCAUACAUUGAUUUCAGAACCAAAUAUGAAAAUCCUAUUGUACAAUUGCAACAACCAAAUAUUACAUCAGAAUUGGAAGAACAAGGCAAGACUCGUCUUGAUGAAUUGAACCAAAUAACCUCGGCCUUUGUGCUUCGCCGUACACAAGAAAUUAACAAUAAAUACUUGCCGGAAAAGCAAGAAUUGGUUAUAUUUGUCCGUCCUUCUGUGCUCCAACAAAGACUAUUGCAUAUAGCGUUGGAAUUCUACAAUCAACCUGAAAAAUCUGUAAUGCCCUUGCAGCUGAUUACUAUUCUCAAAAAGAUAUGCAAUCAUCCGUCGCUUAUUACAACUUACAAAGAUAACGAGCCAGAUUCACUGAAUGAAUUCCUGAAACAACAGUUACCUCCGUGGACUGACAUGAGUCCGGACGAUUCUGGAAAGGUUGGCGUACUUGAAAACCUACUGGAAAGAUUACUCGAACAUAGAGAGAAAGUCGUUAUUGUUUCUUAUUACAGUAAGACAUUAGACAUGAUAAUGGGACUCUGUGAACAUUAUAACUACAAAUUUUGUCGACUUGAUGGAUCCACACCAGCUAAUGAUAGACAUAAAAUUGUGUCCAGUUUCAACAGUCCAUCGGAUACUUUUAUAUUUCUCUUGAGUGCAAAAGCUGGUGGAGCAGGGCUUAACCUAAUAGGUGCCUCUCGACUGGUGUUGUUCGAUAACGACUGGAAUCCAGCAAGCGAUUUACAAGCAAUGUCUCGAAUUUGGCGUGAUGGUCAAAGACGGCCAGUAUAUAUUUAUCGUCUCAUUACUGCGUUUACUAUCGAGGAAAAAAUAUACCAACGACAAAUCUCAAAAACUUCUCUGAGUGGUACUGUUGUAGACCAAAAACUAAAUCUUAGUAAUCUGAAAUUCUCAGAUGACGAGUUGAAAGAUUUAUUCUCGUACUCAGAAAGUUGCUGUGAUAGUGAUUGUCUCACUCAUCAGCUACUUGCGUGCAUUUGUAAAGGAUCAGGGGAUACACCUGAGGCCUUUGAAACUAACCAAGACUGUAACGAUUCAUUGAAAAGCCGAUUUCAAAUACAAAUAAACAAAACAAGCGCAGUCAAACAGCAACGAUCAAUGAAGAUGCAAGAGUUGAUGCGUUGGGAGCAUUAUAGAAACCCUAUUCAAGUCAACGUUUUAGAGGAAUUGUUACUAGUUGACAGCUUGGAUGAUAUUGUGUUCUUGUUUCGCAACCGACUUAACAAGCCCAUUGAAACGACACACAUGAAUAAAGAGAAUAAAUAG